AAACAAGCAAUGCCCCUCUCCCAAAAAGAUAUGGACUAAGCAUGCUGCACAAGUGAAAAGUGAAGCUAAAACGUCUCAAUCGCCCCCCAGUGACUGGUCCUAGUAUAGGUCAUAAACCCCGUCUCCCCUAUUAUUCGAUGGGACUUGAGACCAACUCUAUGAUAUGGACCCUCUUUUGAUAACCCUGCCCAUAGACUGUAAAAAAAAGAUGGACGAUGCGACGUCGCCUCCUUCCAUAGUAAUGAAUUGAACCUAAAAAUGUACGACCAUGGUCGCCGUCAAGUUACGUAAAAAUGUCAGUUUGGAAACAAAGGCAUGCGCAGAAGGAAUUAUCCGUGGAGCCAGAGGUGGGGCCGGAAUUUUUUAUUGGAAGUGUAAAUAUUUUUUUUAUUUAGAGCAAUGUCUCAUUCGUUUGAAUGGAGAGGGUGGGGUUUAUGAAUUGUACUGCAGCCAGCCACCAGGGGGGGGCGAUCAAAGAGCCAGAGGCUUCACUUUUCAAGGCGUAUGAGGCACACCCGGCCCUGCUCCCCACAUCCGUACGCAACGAUGUCAUAAAUGAGUUAGCAAUGUGCUUUAUGUUAAUCCAGGUCAAAUGUGUUUUGGUAAUACUGUUAAAGGUAAAGAAAACAAUAAUUCACUACCUCAUCCUUGAACAUGAUUAGCGAAUUCCAUACGUCUCUGGAUAGUAAAAACAAUAUCUCUCAUUGUGCCACUCUCUCUCAAAUAAGCUUUGCCUUUGUUAUUAUGUUAUUGUGAAAUAGUGAACUCCAGUGGUGAAAAUCCUACAUAUUGUGCCUUUAAUGCAAACUUGUAAAAGGAAAUCAUGACUAAAAUUUGUGGAACUGUACAUUAAACAUUCUUAGUUUGCCUAUGUAUCCACUCACUUUAACAGUAAAUCCUGCUUACAUUUUUUGUUAUGUGUAAUAAAUCAAUAAUUAGUAUGCCACCAAACCCAGGUCUUAUCAAUUGGUAGGUAAUUAUUAUCUGAAUGACUGAGAAACGAUCAGCAUAUCUGACUAAUUUGGAUUUACAUAGGAAGUGUACCCUGUACUGAGAGGAGGUGGAAGCAAGAAUUUGUGGAACUCGUCAUGUUCCUCACUUUAAAAAAUAUCUUACUUUUUUUCUUUCCUUUUGUCAAUCUGCUCUAUUUUAUCCCAGCAUAAAACACAAACAACGCUUUUAGAGCAAUGCUUUUUUGUAUGUGUUUCUCUUAAGUUCUUGUUACAGUCCUUUUACGCAUAUUUCUAGAAUAAUCUGUUGGCCUGCCUGCAAUUUCCUUCAUUCCCACACAGGAUUAAUGAAGUACUUUAUCGUUCUGAGAAGACUACAUAAGAAACUCUCUGUUCUGCGUACUAUUAAAUUACAUGACGUUUCUUAACUUAAACAACCGGUCUUGAGAAAGCACCUUGUUCGUAUAUGGUGGACCUUUGUCCAGUAAAUUAACACUGUCAGAUUCACAACAACCCAUAAAGUAGUUAAAUAUUGUUCAGCUUUAGUUCCACUCUAGGAAUUGAUGCAAUUGAAUGAAUCAUGACACAGGCACGUAGGUGAUUUUUAUGUCCACCUCUGCCUCCAAACAGUGAUAUCUUAAAACUACAAUAUUACUAUGGUAAUUUUAAUCACCCAUAGUAACCCAUAGUUCUAUAAUUCUAAAAAAAAGAAAGAAAAAAGAAAGACAGAAAUAUAGGGAAAUGUGAAAAUAAUAUGUUUCUUAUGGCUGCUUGAGUUUCAGGAAGCUUUCUGUUGUUUUAAUGAGCAGUAAACUACAUUGUGUUUAUUUUUAGGCAAAAAAUAAUGUUGUAAUUUUAUCUGGACUAUGUGAAUGUAUUAACUUUAAAAAAAAAAACACUCUUAAGUUUAAUUGAUGAUCAGUAUUGCUCAUUAUCAGAUGACUAAAAAGUUGUACCCCCCUGAGCACAAGGGCGGGGCAGUUAAGAGUUCGAACGUGUCUUUCAAAGGGUUAAUUCUAGAGACAGGAAGAUGUUCGUGUCUGUAAACUCAAGGCCAACCCAUUUUUAGGACCUCAAGUUUUUGUCGUUCAAGAAUGUGUACCACGCUCCGGUAUAUAUGUGUGCUCCAUUGGAUUGAAAGUGAUUUUUAGCAUUUUCACGGACUGACUCUUCAGACCACAAUGAAAGCUUUUACGACUGACUGAAAGAACAAUCAGCAACAGGUCAAGAAAAGAAAGACACUUGAGAUUAAACUAAACUAAAAUAAGGAGAUUCAAGCCGUGGUCCAUGGUGAGGUUUGGAAGUAUGUCUUACAGUGAUCAGACUCCACCCAACCCCAGAAGAACCAGCAGCACAAACUCUGGGGCUCAAUAUGCAACUGCUGCUCUGGGCGUGGGCCUCAUUGCUUUAGGGAUUGUCAUGCUUGUGUGGAGUGUGGUGCCUUCUGGGACAGGAGGUAACAGCUCCAAUUCGGGAUUGGAGCCCGGUCAUAUUCGGGACACCUCAUCCGUGGCCUUUGUGCUGGCGGGAGGAGGAGUUGCUCUGCUGCUGCUUUCCGUGUGCCUGAGUGUACGGAAUAAACAGCGAGCAGCCAGGGAACUGCAAGCCAGCAACGCACACGCAACCCAACAGGAGGGGGCAAGGUUGGAACAGUUAGCUCAGGGUUUCAUGGUCCCCACUUAUGAGGAGGUGGUUGGGAGUGGCCAGUACCCCAUCAGUCAGUCCUCCGGGCGGAACAACAGCACCACCCAGCUGCCUGCUUAUGAGGAACUAGUAGAAAAUCAACAGGUCGUGGAGGAAGUUUCUAGCCCAGCACGAAGGCACUCGUCCCAAACCGAGCCCAGCAAUGGGGCAGGAGGACGCAGAAAAAGCCGUCCCGGUCGCAAUCUAAUUCCCCUUAAGAUCAGGCGGAUCAAAUCUGAAAACAUGAGAAGGAAAAGCUUAAGCGAUGCCCCGCAGAGCUUUGUUUUCACCAUCGAACCCCUCACACCACCCCCACAGUAUGACGAUAAAUCAUUGCCCAUACCUUCAGACACACAACAGUGAGUGUUUACACUAACACUGGGGUGUGAAAGUGAAAAGUGCGUGGUGAAGUGUGUCUACCUCCUUUAUGAAAUGCUCCAAUGCUGCAUUUUUGAUUGCAUGUUACUCUGCUAGAGACGAGGGACAAAGGAGCGCAAAGGAUCAUGGGAAAGUAGUUUGUUAACGGUAACUGUAUUAUGGGAAGGCAAUACAGUGCAUCCUUCCCAUUCUGGUUGUACACUUUCCAGCUGUUGAUCAUGAGAAAGAGCAGCCGAUGGUGAUCCUACUUGAACUGGAUUUUAAAAAAAUGUUUACUGAUCAUCUGGUGGUCCUCCCAUUAAACUUGAAUUUGAGCAUCUAAGCUCUUCGGACCUUUUUCAUAGGACGUCCACAAACAUUUUCACUAAACUGACACUAGACUGUAAACUGUGAGUCACUUUAGCACUGUUGCGUUAUUGCACUAAAGUCUGUGUGUUUGUUUGUGUGUGUGUGUGUGUGUGUGUGUGUGUGUGUGUGUGUGUGUGUGUGUGUGUGUGUGUGUGUGUGUGUUGUAUAAUGUAGGGCUGUUGAGCAUGAGUGCACAUGAGUUUUGUACAUUUUUGUUUUCUAAAUUUAGCUACUUUUUAUGUUAACCUUAACUUUGUUUUUGUGCAAGUAGGAUUGUACUUAAUCCUGGCCUUGUUGUUAGUGUGACAGACUGUGAGAUCAUCCGUAUGUGUGUCUUACGACACAGAGACGCUCUUUGACCCUGCAGCUGUCUGUUAUAUCACCCUUACAAGCACACAUACAACACAGAGCAUUUCUUGUCUGCUUCUUUCGCUAACUUGCAUGCAUAAACACACAGUCUUUUCAUCUCUCUGUUUUGUUGUUAAAACAUUGAUAAUUGAUGUGUAUGAGGAGAACUGGGCUUCUUUGUCCAGUGUGGUUCAAGUGCUACAUCGUCAAUAUUAAGACACAUCUGGUUAUUAAUAAAAACAGUGUUUCAUGUUCUAAAAAAAAAAUGCUAAUGAAACUGCAGUUUUUUAGGAAUGUGUAAAAAAAAAUUUUCAUUGGUGAUGUCAUGAUUUUUUUGUAUGUUGAUUUAUUAUAUUUUGUAAUGUUUUCUAUUGUAAUCUAGUGAUGUAAGAGAUUAAAAAAGGUUUGGCAUAAAGAUGUUAUUUAAAUAAAAAUCCUAAAUUAUUUUUGUUAGGAGGAACAGUUAUCUCAUUGCAAAAUGAAGAAUGGGCGUGUGAGAAAUGUAUCCUCAAGUACUUUUGUCUUUGUUAAACAUUUAAAAGGUUUGUAUGAUCAUUAUUAUUAUA